CGAGUAGGUAGUCUCGAGGUGUGUCCUUGACGGCGUUCACUUUCGUCCGACAUUUAAGCAGUUGUUGGACUGAAACUGUAACAGUUGAGAGAAGCUGAGAGCGCUGAGAGGUCACAGACAUGGCUUUUACUCGUUUAUUGCCGCUUCUGUUAAUUUUCUGCAGCGUUUCUGCCGUAGACAAAAGAGGUAAGGUCGUAACUUUAUCUUUUUUAACAUCCUCUGUGUUUAAUGUUUGUCAGACUGAGGUCGUUUACAUACCAACCGAAGAGACGCAGUCAAGAGAGGGAGUCUCCCUCACAGCACAGGCAGGAGACCUGUGGCAGUGUAGGCUGUUUAUACUCUAAAUAUUUGUCUUCAUAAUACAAGUAUCAGCUGUUUUUACACACACUAAAAAAUCGUGUUAAAAGAAUUCAUUAUUUUUAUCUAUUUCACCUAAAUAAUAUCAAAAAGAUAUUAUUCCCAUUGGCUGUAUUACUUUGACGUGGUUGAUUUGAAUUUAUUGGCUUAUAUUGCUCCACUUUUCUGUCAAUAAUCUUUGCAUAUCUUCCCUGUGGCUGCAACAAAAGCUCAUUUUCUGAAAUAAAUAUACUGCUGUAUAUCUGUCAGUUAAAGAUAUUAUACUCUUUUGGUUUAAUAGUAUAAGAAAAUGAACAAACAAGUCUGUUUCCAGAGCCUUGGGUGGCAUUUUAAGUGAUCUUAAUUCGUCUAAGGUUUGUUAUCUAAAAAAAAAUAAAGUAACAGCUGUAGUUCAGUGAUUUAGUGAUGGUAAUUAUGAAUUUGCUCAGUGUAAAGGAGAAGAGGAAGAAUCGCAAUUAGACAACAUCCUGAAAUAGUAAGGAUGUGGUAAAAAUGAUCAAUCAAAUUUUCUGUUUGCAAAUACUUUAAACCCUAUAUGAAUUAAAAAACACAGCAAAGACAACACUUCAAAUGUCAAAAUGAAAUAUAUUUGUAUUACUUGUUUUUGGAAGUGACUUUUAGCUAACGCGGUGACUUCCACUACAGAGUCAUGCUUUUUUUUUAAUGCACUGAGGGCCUGGAGACCACAGUCAUCCAGUGUAAUACUUCUGCUCUGUCCAUUUUGUACAGAGAUUUCUCCCAAGUCUCUGAAAUCUUGAAUAUAAUUUUCUGUAGACCAUGAAAUCUCCACUCCUCACUGGAGCUUUAAAAUUAAAACCAUAAAUAGAUGACCACUUUCUCUGCCAAUGACAUGAAUCCUCUACUUCCCUUUUUUUUUUUAUCAAGAGUGAUUUACAAUUUACCAGUAAUGGUUUUAUAUGUUAUAUAUUGCAGGUUCAGCUCAAGGACGAGGGUUCAUCGGCUAUAAGGACCCUUUCGAGGCAGAUCUGGUUGUCGUGGAUAAAACUACAGCAGAAGUCCUAAAAAGCAACCUCACCACAGUGUUCAUCCCCAUCAUGUACAUCAUCGUCUUCGCCAUUGGGCUUCCCGCUAAUGGCAUGGCCAUCUGGGUCUUCCUCUUCAGGACGAAGAAGAAGCACCCGUCAUCCAUCUACAUGGCCAACCUUGCCCUGGCUGACCUCCUUUUUGUGAUUUGGACGCCACUGAAAAUCGCCUACCACUUCAACGGAAACAACUGGACGUACGGCGAGCCGCUGUGCAAAGUCCUGAUAGGUUUCUUUUAUGGGAACAUGUACUGCUCCAUCCUCUUCAUCACCUGCCUCAGCGUGCAGAGGUACUGGGUCAUAGCUCACCCGCUGUCCCAGCAGAGGAAGAACAACAAAGUGGCGAUCAGCGUCUGUGUUGCAAUCUGGGCUUUCAUUUGGCUCACCACGACGCCGCUGUACCUGUACGACCACACGGCCAAGCUCAAAGACCCCAACGUGACCACCUGCCAUGACGUCAACGUCAUUGAGGACCCAUUGAACCCCUUCCCCUCAGUGCAGCUCCCCUUUUAUUACUUCAUCUUCAUGGGGAUGGUGGUGUUCCUCGUCCCAUGUGUGGUCAUUAUCGUGGCCUACAUCCUGUUGCUGCGAGCUUUGGGGAACAGCAUGGAUGACAGCGCUGCAGGAAAGAACCGCCAAAAAGCCGUGGUUCUCAUCGUGACUGUUCUGGUGACCUUCCUGGUGUGUUUUAUACCCAGUAACAUCAUGCUGGUGGUGCACUACUCCCUCCUAAAAGAUGGAGUUAUAAAUAACGGAUACGGCUUCUACAUCUCCACGUUGUGCUUGGCUAGUCUCAACAGCUGUCUGGACCCGUUCAUCUACUACUUUGUGUCUGAGGACUUCAGGGACCACGUGAAGAACACUUUGCUGUGUCGAAGCAGCAGGACUGUGGAGAGGAUGAGGGUCUCCUUCAGCUCCAUGAAGUACUCCAGGAAGAGCAACUCGUACGUUUCGAGCGGGAACACGCAAAGCAGCAGCUGUUAGAGAGAUAAAGGCCAGCAGAGCAGAGACUCGGUCAUGCCUGUGCUUGUACUCCUGAGUGCUGUAAACACAGCACCUCACAGAACAGACCUCAGUGGUUCUGGGACAUAAUAAUAAGGUCUGUAAUAAUGGACACGAGGACCAUCAGGCGCAACCAGGUAACCUCAGUGAACAUUUAAGGGCUAUUCUGCUAUUUUUAAACCAAGGUCCUGUUAUUUCAUAUUCUGGGAUCUUUAAUUAAUCAGUACAAUAUGCACCCAGUCAAAGCACAGAAAGACUCAGAUUAUGAUUUCAAGUGUGAGACAAAAGUACUGACAGUAAAAUCCCUUUUUAAUAUUUAGGUGACAUUUUCCAGAGCUACCAGACUCCAUUAACAAAAUCAGGUAUUUAAUAUCACAGAGCACAGGAGCUGCACAUCUACUACUGUGUUGUUUGGUUAGCUAUUUGCGUAGUUGAGUGUUAAAUAAGCAUUAUUUCAUCGCUAAAUCAAUUGCUUAAACACAAGAAAGCAAUUCAGUAGAGCCAACUGUGGAGAGGUCACGUAACUGAUUUGUUUUGUAAAAUUACAGUUUUGGUUAAUGAGGUUUGGUGCCACUGAUAGAAGUGCUGUUUAGGCUAGUUUUAGCUAUUUACAAGCUCCCUGAUUGAUAAGCAGCUACAAAAGCAGUGCUCUGUGAAAAUCAGGAGAGAUCGUGUUUUUAAGUCAAAAACAUGGUUGACAGCUUUUUAGCUAACAUCAAAGCACAGCCAAUGUUAGCUUUUAGCCACUUUCAGGUGGCGUUUAUGUUACUGUCUAUUUUUACAACAUGUUAGCUAGCUAAUUUUAUUAGUUUUAAGUAUGGUAUUAGUCAGAUGUCUUUAUGGUUUAAUAAGUGAUACCGGGUGACUCUCAGUGCACGGCAAGUGUGUGACUCAAAUGUUGCUAGUUAACAGGUCACUUUGAAAACUUAAUGCCUCUGAGUUUGAAGUCACAUGACAAUUUUGCCUCCUUGUCAUCUAGACUUAAAACUUUAUGACAUCCUUUGGUUUAAAAAUACCAGCAGUCCCUUUUAAAUGUGAAUUUAACUGUGUCAGGAUGAGUGCAGAGUGUGUUUGUGGACUUUUAUCUUUAAUAUUAACUGCUGUAAAAUUUUUAAAUGUGAAGCUGAAUGCUUGUUUUAACUUUGUGUGCAUAUAAACAGAGAGGAACACCUGCUAUAGACUGAACUGUGGCGCUCCUGUCUACUCUAAAUGUUUAUAAUUCUCUCUAUAUUAUUUUGACUGACUCCUCUGCACUGAAGAGCAUUAAAAGCAACACAUAUCUGUCAUAGAGGAACCAAAUGAGCCUGAUUAUGGAGGAAAGAAACCAGAAUACAUCGAGUUAUGAGUUUGAUGAAGAUACUGUGUUGCUUUAAUCAAAUCAGACUCAUAAAGGAUGCCUGCAAUAUUCAUUCUGUAUUUUUAUCACCUGCUGUUAAAGUUUUAUUUGAUGUCAUUUUCAACCACCUGUGCUGAACUUUUAAAGAUAAAACUUGUUACAUAUUUUGUUAAUAAAUGAUAAAACUGUA